AUGAAUUGUGAUGGGAAGAGAAAUCUUUACAGAGAGGAUUGGACCUAUCCCAUGAGGAGAGAAAUGCAGGAAAUUUUACCUGGGUUAUUUUUAGGCCCAUAUUCUUCAGCUAUGAAAAGCAAGCUACCUAUACUGCAGAAACAUGGAAUAACCCAUGUAAUAUGUAUACGGCAAAACAUUGAAGCAAACUUUAUUAAACCAAACUUCCAACAGUUAUUUAGGUAUUUAGUCUUGGAUAUUGCAGAUAAUCCAGUUGAGAAUAUAAUAAGAUUUUUCCCUAUGACUAAAGAAUUUAUUGAUGGAAGUUUACAAAGUGGAGGAAAAGUUCUUGUCCAUGGAAAUGCAGGGAUUUCUAGAAGUGCUGCCUUAGUAAUUGCAUACAUAAUGGAAACAUUUGGGGUGAAGUACAGGGAUGCAUUUACUUACGUUCAAGAAAGAAGAUUCUGUAUUAAUCCUAAUGCUGGAUUUGUCCAUCAACUUCAGGAAUAUGAAGCCAUCUAUCUAGCAAAAUUAACCAUCCAGAUGAUGUCACCACUGCAGUUGGAGAGAUCCCUCUCGGUUCCACCUGGUACCACAGGAAGUUUAAAGCGAAUGCAUGAGGAGGAUGAAGAACUUGGAACCAUGCAAGUGGCAGCAGCACAGAAUGGAUGACACCUGAGGACAAGCACUCUUUGUAUUGUGAAUUCCUGCCAAGAAAGGUGAAGAAAAUUAGGGAAAAAAGAAUUAAUACUGCAAAAUGAUGAACACACACAUAGCUUCUUUUCAAUUACAUGUUGCUUUCAGAUGUAAAUCUGCCUCUGCAACACACUAAGCAUCAUUUUUAAGAUGUUGGACUUCUUGAAUGAAUAGAUGGCACUGAUUGUUUUACUCCUUUUUUACACUUUACAGUUUUAUUCUAAACCAAGAUUUUUGGACUUGCAAAGAGGUAUUAUUGCAAUAAUGCACUUUUCAUACUUGAAAUUUCUUUAUUUGUAUGAUAUAAAGUUAUUACUUUAAAUGAAAUGCAAGCUGGGGGGGUUUGUUUAUAAAGUUAUUUGUGUAAUUUAUAACAAGAGACUUUAGUAAAGAAAAAGUU